AAUAGCACCAGGGUCUACAUUAAUUGCCUCAUUUCAAUCCUUCAACAUCUCCAUCAUUGCCAACAACGUACGAGCUGCGGAAAAACUCAUAAAGACUAUUGGAGGAAGAUACAGAAUUGGGGGAAAACGAAAGCAAAGAGAAAAUGUUAUUUUUGCUCCUUCUCCUCCCGAUGUCUGGCCUGGUGACCGAGGCUUUCUUCGGGUCACACUGCCAAGAAAUGCAAUUGAAACCGUGCACCAGGGGUUGCUCACGCGUCCUGGACCGUGAAUUCAACGGCGUAGCGAACCGCGUCCUGCCUGGCCACGUCUACCGUAACCUGACGGUAAGAUGUCAGUUUGUCUGCGCUCGGGUGUGUCUAGCCGAUCGCUGUUGUUUUUCUUUCCACUACUCGGAGGGGGAGAGGCGGUGUGAGCUGAACGGGGCUACAGCGUCGCGAUACCCGUUAGCUCUGAUUGAGAGAACCGGUACCAACUACUAUGGUCCGGAGGAGCCGAGUUUUGCUGAGCUGCUUACGAAUGGAAGAGAAGUUGCAAUAAGCCUGACCGACUGUUGGUACCGCACACACGCAUCAGCCGCCUCUGAGUGCAGGAAGACCGGCCAACACCUCUGCCUUCAGUGGGAACUUGACCACGCCUCUAAGGAGGGCUACCCUGCCACGCCUCUCUCAUGGUACGCUGACCCUGACAGCCAGGCCGUGCUGACCGAGACCGGAGUGACCUACCACGACCUGCCGCUGACCAGCCCGUCUCCAGGCUUAUGCUGCUCCCUCCCGAUGAGCUACCGACACCCAGUCCUUACUCGGGAGAGCUACGAUCUCGCAGAUCGUGCCGGGCAGGCCAGCGGUUGUUCCGAUCUGGCAGCUCAUCUCUGCACCCUAGCCGAGCUGAAGGAGGCUUACGAACACGGAUACCGAAGUUGGGACUGGUACUACUUGGCCACACCAAACCGCGAUGCAUCAGUUGCUGGAUGUAGUGAGUAUCAUUAUGGCGACGAAUGUUACCAAGAUACCAUAGCAAACACGCCGAGACCAGAAUGGCGCACACGCGCGUACUGCUGCCCAAAUCGUGCCUGACUCCAUAUCGGUCGGCCCAAACUGGCACUUUGUAUGUGAAGUGUAAGUUAUUGAACUGAGUUUCGAUAAUAAGUAUCGAUUUUAAUUAUUUGUAUUAGUACUUUGCUUUGUGUUGGGGAUGUAGUGUUAAAACCAGUUCACGUCGGAUGACGUGUGUACACGCAAAAG